CGCCUGGGCCCGGCCGCAGCCCCUGCCUCCCGCCCUCGCGCCCUGCGUCCCUCCGCGGCCUGCAGCCUGCGGAGCCCGAGCUCCGAGGGCGCUUCCUCGGGCGCUGGGCCCGAGGCGGCCCAGACGGCGGGCCGGCCGGGCGCGGGGCGGCGGGCGCUGUGCUGCGGGCUGCGCUGGUGGGGGGCGGCGGGCCGCGGCGCGGGCCCAGUGCCCAGCGCGUGCGGCCGGGAGGCGCUCUGGGGGGCGGGCGCGCGGGCGGCGCCCGGGGCUAUGGCCCAGGUCGGCGGGAGCGCGCGGAGGAGGGCGCCGGCGCUGCUCGAGGCGGCCCGCGCGCGCUACAAGAGCCUGCACAUCUGGGACGACGUGUUCGGCGAGUCCGGCCCGGACAGCGGCGGGAACCCCUUCUACAGCACGUCCGGCGCCUCGCGCUCCUCCUUGGCCGCCUCCUCGGACGCCGAACACGAGCGCCCCGGCCCCCCGCUGCCUCCCGACGCCCCCCGAAGCGCAGGAGUCCGACGAGGACGAGGCCAGCACGGGUUGGAGUGCCACGCUGCGGGACCGCCCGCCCCUGCGCUUCGUGGACACUGGCGAUGUGUGGAGGGCCAUGGCUGACUUGGAUGCAGUUGGAGUCAUCUCACAGCACAUGGAAUACACAAUUUAUCUUGCUUCCUGUCUUGAUAACGACAUCUUGGUUUUCAUGCUGUCUUAGAACAAGUAGAACUUGACUUACAUGUAAGAUCUGAAGAAGUCAAUCUGUUUCUUCUAUGGCUUCAAGGACUUCAGACAAACUUUGCAGAAGAGCAGGUGCUGAUUUUUGCUUGCCUCGUGCCUGGUUUCCCAGCGAUCAUGUCAUCCAGAGGGACCUGCAUGGUGGAGACACUCAUCAGUCCUAGCCCUGGUGUGGCAGAUGACAUCCCCCAUUUGAGACCAGCGCCAGU